CCGAGUUAUAGCAUAUGAAACAACUUGACGUUUGAACUUAUCAAUGGAUCGUUUUGAAGCCUCUUUACAAUCGAGAGCUUCUCGGUCGGAACAUCAAGACUUGAAGAUGGGUCAUAAUGAGGAGCCUGCCGUCACGAAUGACAGAUCUCGAGUGGUACAUCCCAGCUCUUAUUAUCCUGUCCCAUCGGCCAUCUUACUUGGAAGAGAAUUUUUGGAACCCCCACCAACUCGACUUGAUCCACAAGACGAAAGCAUGUUAAGCUUUGAUAUGCUAGAAUUAUAUGAGUCACUAUUACCCACAAAAGAAAGCCAUGUACAUCGACUUCAACUUGUAGAAAAGAUCAACAAGAUCUUGAAAAAUGAAUGGCCAUCCUACGAUAUAUCGACUCAUGUCUUUGGAUCUUCACAAAAUAGACUUGCCACGACGUACUCGGAUGUAGAUAUUUGCAUAGAAACGAAUCGAAAGGAACUAGAGAAUGUUCGAAUACUUGCCAAAAGUUUUAAAAAGCAUGGCAUGCAACGAGUACAAUGCAUACCAUGGGCAAAAGUACCCAUCGUGCGACUUUGGGAUAAGGAUUUGAACCUAGCGUGCGAUAUUAAUGUCAACAAUACUGUUGCACUACACAAUACGAAGAUGGUUCGGACAUUCAUUGACAUUGAUCCACGAGUGCGGCCACUGACUAUGAUCAUCAAACACUGGGCGAAACAAAGGCAGCUUACCGAUGCAGGCAAUGGUGGCACCUUGUCGAUUUACGCAUGGAUUUGUAUGAUAUUGAAUUUUUUGCAAAUGCGGCAGCCACCCAUACUGCCCAUUUUACACGACACGGAAGGAAAAAAGCCUGCAACAUGGUUUAAUGAUGACCUCGAUUCAUUAUACGGAUUUGGCACCGCUAACAGCGAAAGUGUUGGUGGGUUAUUGUAUGCUUUCAUCAGACAUUACGCUGUUGAAUUUGAUUACGAGAAGCAGGUCAUAUCUCUUCGACAUGGCACUCAUCUUGAUAAGAGCUCCAAGGGCUGGGACUUUGGACGAAAUUACCGAAUGCUGUGUAUAGAGGAACCGUUCGAUACGUCUCGUAAUCUUGGCAACUCAGCCGAUGACAUCUCUAUUUUUGGACUGCGUCGAGAAUUUCAGCGAGCGCUUGCAGCUCUUAGCGAAAAAUGCAGUAUAGAACUUCUUUGCAAGCCCUACGUAGCCCACAUUGCACCUGAAGUUUUGAACUGGGAUGGCGACAAUGUGGAAUCAGAAGAAGCUGUUGUGUCAGUAAAUAGGGAAGAGUAUGACACGGAAGGCGUCCAAACCACCAACAAACCUUUGGAAACGCCAAACACGAGAACUCCCAUAGACAAUGCCCAACGGCCACCAGGUUCUAAAAUGGAUUUAGAUAACAUAUAUACUGAUACCGUAGCUCGUGUAAAAUUACCUUCCCGUCAUCGUUCAACUGCUGUAAAAAAAGAUUCAUGAUUUGCCCACUCCAUCGGAGCACGUGUGUAUGUGUUAC